GAGCAUUCACAUCCAAUCCACCAUUUCAACCCCUACCUCUAAAAUUUAAAAAAAUCUUCUAAAAAAUCACUCCAUCCUAUCCCCUAUUUCCUCUCUCUAACCCUAAAUUCUAAAAAGACUAUACAGUAACUUUUCAUAUAUGAAAAGAUACUGUACACCCCUCAUCUUCAACCAUAUCAUAAUCACCCACCUAUCUCAUCUACUCCCGCCCAUAUUCUCCCGCCCAUCACAUCUUCUCCCACCCUCGUUCUUUUCCUUUCCCCUCGCAUCAAGUGGCAGUGGCAGAACCUCACCAUAACAAGGAACCUCAUCUUGUUGCAGCCCUCCACCUUUGAGCAUGGAUUCACAAGACCAAGUAUGUAUUACACCAACCUUCUUCAUGGAAACUCUAUUGUUACUAACAGAGACUGUGAGGCAAUCACAAGACGGUUGGGGUAGCUUAGGAGACUGGCAAGAAGUUGGAGCCUGGGUAUUGAGACAAAAAAACUCAAAGCCGGUUGCUGUUGUGCAUUUUUUUGGUCGCAUCUUUGUUGGGGCAGCCCCUCAGCUCACCUACCGCUUAUUUUUGGAGCGACUUUCAGAGAAGGGUGUAUUGGUGAUAGCAACACCUUAUGCUAGUGGCUUUGAUCACUUCCCUAUUGCAGACAAAGUUCAGUUCAAAUACGACAGGUGUCUUAGAUCUUUAGAUGAAAUAGUGCAAGAUCUUCCAUCUUUUGGCAUUGGACAUUCUCUUGGAUCUGUCAUCCAUCUUUUGAUUGGUUCCAGGUUUGCUCUCAUUGGCAUCAUGUGUUAAUUCA